CAAAAUGUUGCUUUAGGUCACUGGGAUGGUUGGCAGCCAUUUUCUAGUACUAUUCGUGGAUGUGGAGCCAUAGAGGUCUCAAUAGCCACUAUGUCAAAAGUACACCGCUGUCACACUGAUGAGAUCUAUGUUGUUGGUUUCGUCCCAAGUUACCUCAUUCCAAAGAAGAGGAGCGAUGCUUUGGAUCCAUUUCUUGAACCACUCAUCAGGGAUUUAGAGGAAGGCUUCAUCAAUGGAAUUCCUGUAAACUAUGCAGCCACCAUUGCUGGCAUUCCGUCAGGCCCAACACACAUAUGUCAUCUUCUGCUUUGUUGGAAAGGAGAUUACAAUGGACAAUGUGAAGCUGGAAAAUUCAUUAAGUGUGGUAAAAAGGGAUGCAGGCGGUGUAAUCUACAAGGAGUGAUUGUACUAGCUACCAAUCAUUACUAUUAUCCUGGUUUCAGAUUGCAAGGCAUAUUUCCUAAUGAAGAGAAGUCUAUAGUUAACAGUUUGGAAGUCUUGCAGGAUAUCGAGGAAGAAGAGCGCAUAACUGUUAAGCAGGAAAAAUCCAAGAACACUGGGUACACAGGAUUGUCAAUAUUUCAUAGACUGUAUCCCCUCUACCACUUUCAAUAUGACAAAGAUUUCGUCUAUGAUGAAAUGCAUGGUCUUCCUCUCAAUGUCGUCAAACGACAGAUUCAGUGCCUACUAGAAAGUGGCAAUGAAGACCUUAACUGGCAGGUAGUUGAUGAGCGACUUAAAAGUUUUCCAUGGACUCAUGAACAUAGGACAGGACGAUUGCCCUUUGGUAUCACAAAGCGAUUUGGUUAUUGGAAAGCAGAAGAUUUUAAUCAUUUUGCAUUUCCUGCCAUGGAAGCCUGCUUAGGUGACAUGAACGAUCCUGAAGCUAGGGAAAUUCUCUGUUGCCUUGCCCGUAUUAUUGAGUUUUUUAGCAACCAUGCUAGAAAUGGCUGGAGCGAAGCUGAUGCUUGUACAUUUCACGAAAUGUGUGUGAGAUAUGCUGUACUAGUAGAAGAGAGCCAUGGUGUUGAAAGCUGUGUAAUCACAUUACAUAAUCUCCUGCAUUUUAAGGAUGAUAUUGCACGUUUCAGCUCAAUGGAUAACUACUCAUGCUGGACAGAGGAAAGGGCCGUUAGGAGGUACAUUCUUGCCUCUAACAACCACAAGAACAUUGAAAUUACUUUUGCUUUGAGUGAGGCAAGGCGAGAAUUUCUAAAACUGAGGGAAUCAAAACAACAUGUUGAAAAUCAUCUAAAUGUCAUCAAGCUGACAUUUCCAAGGUAACUACCAUUAAUAUUAUUGAAUGUUGGCGACUACUGUCAUAGAUACCACCCUUGCAGAUCAAUCAUGCUUGCACAUUUUGGUCAAAAGCCAUUUUUAAAAUAUUUACAUUUUCACAGACAAAACACCCCACGUGUGCAAGAUUUCCUUACAUUGUAAAGUGCAACUACUGUUGCCAUGGCCAUCUAGUCAAUGAAAACCAAUCACAAUAAUAUUGAGAAGCCAAAAAUUGUAAAUUUAAAGCUAAUUCCACCUUCUUUAUUGUACAUGCUUGGUUUUCCACAUUGUUUUGGGGAAAUGUACAUGUACUUGUACACAAAAUUUAACAUUGAUGUCAACAUUUUUACACACUUUUUUCUUUUCUUUUCUUUUGUUCUUUUUUUUUGUUUGUUUGUUUAGCCUUCAGCACGGUCAUUGCCGUUUGCAAAGAGACUUUUAGAGAGUUCCAAGGGCACAGUAAAUUAUGACCGAUUGUCAGUCGGCAUUCUUGUUGGUGGUGUUAAAAGUAUGGAGCUAUCUAAUAAUGACUGCCAGACUAUUAGCAUUGCAAGAGGUGUUCCAGUUGAUGAUGUUUCAGUUAUUGGAUGGUGUUCCAGAAGUCUGUGGAAACCAGAACACUCUUUUGAGGGCUUGCGCUACAGAGUUGGUGAACAUGUGAUUUUUGCUGACCCAGACAAGGGAGACACUGUUGCUGUACUGGAGAGUUUGUUUUCUGUCAGAAUUGACAAUGUGUCUGUUCUCUUCUGCAAAGGGAAACAUUUUAAAUAUCAUGGAGAAGCAGACACUGGCCACAAGCAAGUCUGCCCAACAGAUAACACAGUCAUAUUUGAAGCUUCACUUCUCAGCAGAAAGGUAAUGCUGUUUGCAAGGAAUGUCAGUGAUGAUGAGCAGGAGGACGAUUUGGGGGAUGGUCAGUGCUUUAUUCUCGUGGACUACAUGCGCCGGGUGUUUCCUGUUACUGAAGGGACAGUUGUUGUUCCUUACUAUCCUGUAGUCCAUGACAUGGUAGAAGUCAAAGGAAAUGAUGGGCAAGUCUGGAAAGCUUAUGUACAGUCAUUCAACCUAACCCGUUCAACUGUUAAUGCUAGAUUUUUUGUAGAGGAUGGUACACAACCUGGUAAAUGGGUACCUGAAAGAAGCCCAGUGCAGGUCAUUCACUUC